UCCAUCCGCUGCUGCCUCCAGCUCUGCUGCUGCCAACCUCCCGACGUUGCUGUCCCCCUCCCCGCGCAGCCCCGCAGCCCAGAGCCGCCCGCCAGUCCCAUACGGUGUAGCAGCGUGGCAGACACCUUAGUGAUCGGCACCUUAGGGCGCGCCAGGGACUACUGAGGCAGGCCGGCUCUAAGCCUCGCGUCAGACUGCGGCUGGCCCUGGCCCCGCCCACUUCCCUGUCGGAACUAAGGUGGGCCUGGGAGGGGGCGUGGAGCCCUUGCCCGCAGUAUUCCUCCGCCCCCCUUCCCGACACCCUCGGGGCGAAGCGAGUGGUUUUUGCUGCAGCGCAUCCUGCGCAGCAAGGGCGGGUUUGGUGCGGAGGUUUGGGAGCGGGACGCUCCUUUGCAAUUCUGGUCGCGCGGAAAGCGGAAAGCAGAAAGCAGAAAGCGGAAAGCAGAAAGCAGAAAGCAGAAAGCGGUGGGAGCCGAGUGCGGAGCUGCCAGAGGAGAGGAGAGAACAGAAGCAGUCCCUCCAGAAAAUUUCCUGACGUGGCCCAUGGUUAUCUGGGGAGCCUUGAGAGUUCCUGGAGUUAAUUUACAUUGUUCCUGACCAUCACAAAGGUGGUGACUUUUCUCCAGCCUCAGGAUUCUUUUUGGUUGGAAAGAUAGCAUCUCCUGAGAACCCCUGCUUUCUGAGCAUUGACAGUAACUGAGCUUCCUACAAAGAUCUUCAGGUAGCUGUUCACUUGCAAGUUAAUUAAGAAACAGAACGAAAGUUGUUCAUUUGGAUUCAAGGUCUGUGUCCAUUAGUAACUGUGGUGGCCUUGAAUUGGUAGAAGAUCAUUACCUUCAACAGGUCUGCACUCAGAAACCAUCAUCUUCCUGCAGUCUGAUUGUGCCUCUACUCGGGCCAUAUCAUUGACAAAGGUUGUGUUUGGACAGGGGACUCUUUAACUCUUACUACCAAGUUCAUCUCUAACCCUGUAAAAAAGUAUAAAGACACUGAUUAGACUGGACAAGACUAUAUAACUGAGCUUUAACCAUGACUAGAACAAAGAGUAAGGCUAGAGGUCAGGCCAAAACUGAGAAAAGGGCAAAAGUACCUGUUAAAGCUGGAACAGAGAAGGAGGUUACAGGUGUAGUCAAAGCAGUAGCCAAGACCAGGUCCAAAACAAAAGCCAAAGCAGAGUGUAAAGCAGAUGAAGUGACAGAGAUGAAGGUAGUAUCUAAGAACAAGGUUGCUGCUGAGAUGAAGGAACGAGUGCUGUCGGAACCUAAGGCUCCAGUGAAAGCCAUAGCCGAUGUCAGUUCCAAAGCUGAGAAUAAGGUUACCCGCUCCACGGGCAAAGAUAAGGCUGCCAUUGAUACCUGGUUCUGGGCUGGGGAAGAGGCCAGUAUUAGUUCCUGGUUCUGGAAGGGAGAAGAGGCUGGUAAUCAUUCCAGUACCAAAGACAAAAAUAAAGCUGAUACUGGUGCCCAGGUCUGUGCUGAGAAGUUGGAGUCUGUGGCUGGGGCCAGCUGUAAGUCUGUAUCAGGGGUGGAUGAUGAUGAGGAAGAAAAUGUUAUAGGGAACUGGUUUUGGGAAGGAGAUGACACUAGUUUUGACCCUGAGCCCAAACCUGUAUACAGGAUUGUUAGACCUCAAGCUGUGGAUUUAAUUAAUCAGACAAACAGACCCAAGGACUGGUCUGAGGUUACUAUCUGGCCCAAUGCCCCUGCUGUAACACCAGCAGUGUUAGGAUUUAGAUCUCAGAUCCCAUCUGAGACAAGGUCCUCUUCAUAUGUUGUUGUUUCCUCAACUGAAGAAAGUACUCAUUCUGCAGCAGCAGCAGCCUGCCCUUCCAGGAACGCUUGCUCAAGUUCACAGUCUAUUCCUGAGUUCCCAUUUGGUUCUGAGCCUUGCAUCCAGACCAUAGAUGAAAUUAGGCAACAAAUUAAGAUCAGGGAGAUGAAUGGGAUUAAGCCAUUUGCUUGCCCUUGCAAAAUGGAAUGCUACUUGGAUUCUGAGGAAUUUGAAAAACUUGUCAGCAUACUGAAGUCAACCACUGAUCCUCUCAUUCAUAAAAUAGCACAGAUUGCAAUGGGUAUCCAUAAUGUUCAUCCAUUUGCCCAAGAAUUCAUUAAUGAAGUGGGUGUAGUGACACUUAUUGAAAGCUUGCUUACUUUUCCUUCCCCUGAAAGGAGGAAAAAGGCUGUAAUUACUCUGAAUCCUCUUUCUGGGGAUGAAAGACAACAAAAGAUUGAAUUACAUGUUAAGCAUAUGUGUAAGGAAACUGUGUCUUUCCCCUUAAACUCACCUGGACAGCAGACUGGAUUAAAGAUACUUGGGCAACUGACUACCGAAUCUGUCCAUCACUAUAUUGUGGCUAGUUACUUUUCAGAGCUUUUCCAUUUGCUGUCUGAGGGGAAUCGUAAAACCAGAAAUCUUGUUUUGAAAGUACUUUUGAAUAUGUCUGAAAAUCCAACUGCAGCCAGAGACCUGGUCAAUAUGAAGGCAUUGGCAGCAUUAAAACUCAUCUUUAACCAGAAAGAGGCAAAAGCCAAUCUUGUUAGUGCCGUGGCCAUAUUUGUUAACAUAAAGGAGCAUAUAAGAAAGGGCUCAAUUGUAGUCGUUGAUCACUUGAGCUAUAAUACACUUAUGGCCAUUUUCCGUGAAGUUAAAGAGAUUAUUGAAACAAUGUAAAAUCACCCAGAAAUGAAAGAGAACACUGAAUCAUCUCCAGAUUCUGAAAGGCUGUACAUUUCCAAAGACCCUUGUGUAAUUUUUAUUAUAGUGCACACGUGAUAUAUUACAUCUUCAACAGUGUUACCUGUGAGGCUGUAGCUCUGAGCUAGAACAUUUUUUUGUGUGUAUCAAAUGAAUGCUAGCAUCUGAAAAUAUUCUUUGAUUUUUAUGUUGUCUAGAUUGGCAUAUUUAAAAUUUUACUUAGAGUAAGCCAUUUCAUUAUAAAUAAGCUUAACUGCAUCAUUAGUAUCUGCUUAGAUUCAUUUGUAGCUUCAAAUGGCAAAAAAGAAAAUGUUGGGGCCAGAGAUUUAGCUCAGUGGCGCCGUGCCUGCCUCGCAAGCGCAAGGUCCUGAGUUCAAUCCCCGGUACCGGGAAAAAAAAAAAAAAAAACGAAAAUGUUGAAUUUGUAAUCAACUUACAGAAAUAAGGUAUGGACACAUAAAUAAUAGUACCUAUAGGUGUAUAUGUGGUAUGUGUAUGUGUACCCUACCAGUACAUUUAGUAGAUUUAGGUUAUACCAGUACAUUUAGUAGACUUAGGUUAUCAUAAGGGGUUUCUAUUUUUCCCCUGUUCUAGAUACAUCAGAACUCAUUCAAAACAGAAAUAACUGAAUCUUAGACAAAAUGUGAUGUUUGCUUACUCUUAAAAUUUUGUUAUUUCAUUUACAACUCAAAUUGUUAGGCAGUUUCAUUGUGUCAGAGUUAUUUUACAGAUGAAAAGGGUGUUCUGCAUGGGGAGAAGACAUUUAUUGAGUUUUUCAUGAAACACUGUGUUGGCACUGUGUUUUGAAAAUUUUUUCCUCUUACAGUGAUUGUGAAUGAGCUAUGAAUAUUUUUUAUUAGAACUCAGUAUUCUGGGCAUCCUUUAAGGAGAAUUACAAUGGUUAAAUAACCUUUUUCUACACCCUCAUAACAGGCAGUUGACAUAGCUGUUUUCUCUGACACCAACCCCCAUCUCUCGACACUACCUUAUGGUCCUUCAGUUUUUUAGGUAGUGGCAUUCAUAGCUUAGAGAGCAUUUUUUUUUUUUUUUUGGUAGCAGGGAUUGAACUCGGGUCCUUGCGCUUGCAGGGCAGGCAGCGGAACCACUGAGCAAAAUCCCCGAAGCCUAGCAUUUGUUUUUAAUGGUUUAAUUUUGUGGUAGAUGAUGUCUCUGCGAGGUGUUACAACUCUUAACUUCCUCCACAUGCACAUGUCCAUUAGACAUUUGGCUAUAGUAGACUGAAGAUCAGGAGAAAAGUCUGAGAUGGAUGUACGUAUUUUGCCUGGCAGUAUCUGGGAAAUACUAGGUAUCAAAAACUUUGUUGAACAAACAAGAUGUAGAUGUGAAUCAUAUAAGGAAGU